AGAAGAAGAGAACUUAAUGACAAAACAAAAGUCGAGGAAAAAGAUAUCAGCAAUAGUUGACUCUGACAGCGAAGAAGAUCCAGUUGCGGCAGACAAGGAUUCUGGGGCAACAGCAAGCACGGAAGAGGAGAAAACCAAUGAUGAGGAAGAAGACGAAGAACUAAAGUCUGAGCCUAAGCCUAAGAAGAAGAUAAGUGCAAUUAUUGACACAGACAGCGAAGAGGAUCAGCAGGAGGAGGAGGAGAGGAACGAACGCAGCAAGCAAAAUAAAAAGAACAGAAAAACAGAGAAGAAAAGGAAACAGCGACUGGAAAGCGGCGAUGAGUUGAGUGCUCUGUCGAGCGAUGGCAACCAAAGUGAGAAUGAAACAAGAAGUAAGCUUAAAGGCAUUGUUGAUUCAGAAUCCGAAUCGGAGCGCAGUAAUAAUGAGGAACCAAUGGAACAAGAGGACGCAAGUGAAGCGUCUGCAAGCAAACAACACAAAGCCAAGCCUAUGCGGGCCUCAGCUAAGAAGGCUUUAGAUGGGAUGCAGGCCAUACAAAGUGAGCAGCAAAGGCUGCACCGAGAGGCGCAUAUAAGUGUGCCCUACCAUCAACCCAAGCCACGCACCCUGAAAGAGUUUCUCAGCAGACGCACCAUCAACAAACCACUUGCAGUGGCUUUGGCCGGCGGAAGUCCCAUGCCGAGCAAGGAACCCAGGAGAUCAUUGGCGCUCCGUAUGAACGACGAGGAGCUGCAAGCAUAUGCCAAACUAAUGGAGGAACGCGCCAAGGAGGCAACCGAGUUCUUUAAAUCAGAAUCGGAGCACGAAGAUGAUGAUGAAGAUGGAGGCAAAGAUGUAGAUGCAAAUGCAGAUGUAGAUGAACCAAUGGACAUAAUUGAUAAACCGGAUCAAGUCGAUAUUGAGAUAGGUGACCAACUGGAGGAGAAGACAGUUGAAGUGGAGGAUCAUGUAGCUCUUCCAGAAAUUGAGCCAGUAGUUGAGAAUAUUGCAGCAGUCACUGAGGCUGAAACACUAGAAGAUAAUCAAGUUGUGCCUGAAAUGGUUUCACCUACUAAAACAAGACUGGUAACGGAGGUUGUGGAGUUGCCCAAGUUGGAUUUAAGCAAUUUGGACAUUACGCCGCCUUCGAAGCCCUCUACGCCACGCAUAAGUGAAGUCAUACGACGAAUAAAAAAUGAGAAAAGCAGCGAUAUUAGCCCUUCCUUAAAGGGCGAUGCCAACAUGGUCAUUGAUCUGGAAACGGGCGACAUGUUUGCCAAGAAGCCAACGGGAGUAGAUGAUUUGCUGCAGCGCCUAAUGAAAACACGGGAGGCCAAGAAGCACAAGACUACGGAGACAGUUAACAUUUUAUCCGCUGCACAUGGUAAGCUGGAGUUAUCGAAGGUGAGCAUACAUCUGCAUGAAGAGGAGCCAGUCAACAAGGAGCAGAAGCCAGGCGCAGCCUACCUUAAGAUGCAGGAUCAUCUCAAGACAUUGAUAACCAAUAAACGAAUGGAAGAGCUACGCAAGAAGCAAGCUGAGGAAAUGGAAAAUUCAAUUGAUGAAGCUGAUGAGGAUGAGGACAUGGAUGUAGAUGAGGCUGAAGAAUAUGAACCAGACGCAAAGCCCAACAAAAGUGAACUGAUUAUUAAUGAUGAUGAGGAAAUUGUUGAAGCAGAUAAUGCAGAAGACGUUGAAGAUGGAGAGGACGAAGAUGUGGAAGUUGACGCUGGUGAAGCAGAAGCAGAAGCAGACUUGGAAGCAGAUUCGGGAACAGAGGCACCAGAGCAAGAGGAAACUAGCAGCAGCGACAGCGAACCAGAAGAAGAGACUCAAACGAGCAAGCGAAAAAAUCGUAUUAUACGCGCAUUCGAGGACGACAACUCCGAUGAGGAUGAUGUGGAUUUGCUGCAGACGCCCAAGCCAAGCAAUGUGCCGCCUGUGGCUGCCGACGAACUACAGUUAUCUGCCCACAAGCUGUUCGACACGGAAAUUCAACGUUCGGCUAGCGACGAAGAGAACGAACUACUAGGGCUGUGCUCUGGAAGAUUCACGCAAUCGGAAAUCUCAUCGGCAGCACCGACGGUCGGAGCACUCAUUAGUCAAAUUCCCGUAACACAAACACCAGCAAACACACAGCCCGAAGAAUUGGAGGCGCUAUGCUCAGGCACUUUUGAAACUCAGCCGGCACCAGAGAGCAAUAAAAUACUCUCCAGCGAUGAAGAGGCAAAGCAACCAUUGGAAACUGAUAAACCGCGACAGAAAAAAUUGACCAAGAGGAGGCAAAAGAAGAAGGCAAAAUUGGGAUUCUCUGAUGACGAAGAAAGCGAUGAUGAUUCAGAUAAUAAUGUGGAAGAGGAACCGGAUCAAGAAGAGUGCGAGGUAGAAGAGUCAGAAGAAGUACCGGAGACAUUCGUCGACUAUGACUCCGAAGAGAAUGAAAUCGUGGUCGAAAUGACAAAGAAAGAUCGGAAAUUACGCGCAUCGAACUUUGUGGAGAAUGAAGCUGAAUUAUCUGAGUCAGAAUGGGGCUCGGCUGAUGAGGAUGAAAAGAAUAUGGACUGUUAUGACAUAGAGCUUGGUGACGAGGAUCAGUUUGAUAGGGAAAAACUCCGCAACGAACUGGGACAGAUUCACGCACGCAAAAUGCUUGAUCAGGACAUAAGAGAGGUGCGCAAGAUAAAGGAAAUGCUCUUUGAGGAUGAGGAGGGUGCAGUGCGUCAGCGGCAGUUCCGUUGGAAGAACGCAGAUAACGGCCUUGGCUUUAGCUUGGAUGAUCCCCGCAACCAAAACGGCGAUGCUGAAGCCAACGAAGGCAGCGGGGAUGAAGAGAACGAACAUUUGUGGCGCAAGAUUCGCUACGAGAGAGAGCAGCUCUUACUUGAGAAGGGACUUAAAGAGGCAACAGUAGGCAGCGGGUCACCCCUCUCACCGGCUGUGACUAACAGCAACACAACUAUACGAAAGCUAACCAUAAUCACAGCUAAGAAAACCACAGUGGAGGCAAAAAAGAGCUCGCCAUUYUUGAUCUCAAAGACCUCCCAGCAGCAGCAGCAACAGCAGCGAGCGGUGCGUGGUUCCUUUCUGGUGCGGGACAAAGAGACACUCAGCAAGCUAGCUGGCUUGACCAAAGGCUCAGCUGGUGAUCUGGAUGGAGCAGCUGGCACUGUUUCCGUCAAGUCAGCCAAAGCUAAAAACUUUGUGUUUGCCACGCUAACUGAGGAGGAGCAUGAGAAUCAAAAGCGAAAGGCGGCCGAUUUGCUAAACAGCAGCAGUGAGACGGGCAUUAAUUUUAUGAAAAAGCCGAGACUGGAGCCUCGCCGGGAGAAGUGCCUUAUCGAUCAGCUGCUUUAAGUUUUAGUUAGCUUUUAAUUAGCUCUAAUUAUUAAAAAAUACAAAUUAAAGAAAACAUAUUUUUAAAUAUUGAGUGC